AUGCAUCACACGCGCUCGAGUCGCGGCGCGACGAAGGCGAGGACGACUCUCGGGAUGAUGACGGGGUCGGGGUUCGGGCUGUCGGUCGGCGGGGGCACUACGGGGACGGGCUGGCCGGACGUCGUCUUCAGCGAGCCGAUGAAGGAGCUAGUGCAGGAGGGGCGGAAUUUCAAGUACGUCAAGCAGUGCACCGCGUUGCAUCUCGCGCACAAGGGCAUCACCGACCUCGUCGGGUUCGAACCCCUGUGCUACCUCGAGGAGCUCUGGCUGAACAACAACCGGCUGAUCGAGAUCACCGGCCUCGACGAGAACGUCCGAAUCAAGCACCUCUACGCGCACGAGAACCUCAUAUCCACGCUGGAAGGGUCGCUCUCGCGCUUCAAGUUCCUGACCUCGCUGGACGUGUCGAACAACCGGCUGAGGGACCUCGACAACGUCCUGGCGUUCCUCUCGCGCUUCCAGCACCUCGAGAACCUCAACCUGCGCGGCAAUCCGUGCUGCGAGGAGCCGUCGUACCGGCUCAUCGUGCUGUCGCAGAUGCCAUGGCUGACGGUGCUCGACCAGCACGUCGUGACGCAAGGGGAGUUGGCGCGCGCGGAGCGGUUCGUGGGCGGCGCGCGCGGGCUGCCGCUGCUGUCCUUUGGGACGAAGUCGCCCCCGUUCUACGGGUACUGGAACGCCCCGCCGAAGCCGCGCUUGCAGACGGACCUCGAGAAGGCCGCGCGGCGCGUGCGUCGGCGCAUCAAGAAGGAGCUGGCAGAGGCGGAGAAGAAGCUCGCGGACGAGGACCCGCAUCCGCCGGUCGUGGCGCUCGCUGCGCCCCCCGCGCCCCCCGGGUGGCCCGAGUCCGUCAUCCAGCGCUACGAGGCAGACUGGCGGUCAGGGCGCAUGGCCGCCGCAGCGAAGGCCCGCGAGAAGGCGGACGAGAUGGCGCGGCGGCACCUCGCGGCGCAGCGCUCGUCGAUGUCGCUGGCGUCCAGCCGGCGGAGCCUCAUGUCGGGCGCGUCGCAGGGCGGCGGCACCAUGCGAGCACGCAUGGAGGAGGACGAGAGCGAUACGGAGUCGGAGGAGGCGAGGGAGGCCGCUGCGGUGGAGAAGCAGGUCGAAGCGAUGGAGCACGAGUACCGGACACGCGACCUCUACAAAUUCUACACGAUCGAGCGCGAGCAGAUGGAGAACACGGAGCUCCAGUUGACCAAGAAACUGCGAUUCAAGUCUUCCGGCAUCGCGCUGGACAAGAAACGAUACGAGAAGUACCUCCGGCGGAAGGCGCUCGACGCCCCGGGGCACGUCGCGAUCAAGUCGGUCGCGCUCUGA